GAUCGUCGGAGUGAGUCUCCAUUUCCCUGCAACUUCGAGAGCAGGGAGGCUGGUUGAGGAUCGCGGGUAAGAUGGCCGUGAGCUUUGCGCCCCUCUGGCUCCUGGUGCUGCUGGCGAUCGCCCAAUGGGAGAGUUCCGUUGGCGCCUCCUCCCACUCCAUGAAGUAUUUCUCCACCUCCAUCUCGGACCCCAGUCAGGGGGAGCAGCCCCACUUUGUCACUCUGGGGUACGUGGAUGAUCAGGUCUUCGUUCACUACGACAGCCACAGCCAGAAGAUGCAGCCUCGAGUCUCCUGGAUGGAGAAGGUGGGGAAGGACAAUCCCCAGUACUGGGACAGAGAGACACAGAGAGAACGUGGCGUUGAGGAGGGGUUCAGAGUAGACCUGGAGACUCUGAGGCAUCGCUACAAUCAGAGCGAAGGCCUUCACACAUGGCAGCAGAUGCUUGGCUGUGAGCUCCGAGGAGACGGGAGGAAAGGAGGAUUUUGGCAGUAUGGCUACGAAGGGAGGACCUUCAUCACCUUUGACAAGGAGACCCUCACCUGGGUGGCUCCCGUCCCCCAGGCCCAGAUCACCCAGAGGAAAUGGGAUGCUCUUUCACCACAAAAUCAGUACUUCAAGUCCUACCUGGAGGAAAUCUGCAUUGAGUGGCUGGAGAAGUACCUGUCCUAUGGGAAUGAGACACUGCAGAGGACAGAGACCCCAAAGGUGACGGUGAGCAGCCGGACAGAGGUGGAGGAUGGGAUGGAGAUGCACAUCUGCCGCGUGGAUGGCUUCUACCCCAGGGAGAUCGAUGCCUCCUGGAGGAGGGAUGGGGAGGUAUGGCUGGAAGAGACCUUCCAUGGGUCUGUGGCCCCCAAUGCGGAUGGGACCUACCACUACUGGCUCAGCAUCCGGAUCGACCCCAAAGAGAGGAGCCGCUAUCGGUGCCACGUGGAGCACGAUGGCCUGCAGGAGCCUCUGGACUUGGAGCUGAAGGAACCAACCAAUUCAAAAUCCAACCUGGGGCUCAUCAUUGGCUGUGUUGUGGCUGCCCUUGUCCUGGUGUGUGUGAUUGCUGGAAUUGUUGUAUUCUUCAAAAAACGUCAAGAUGACUACAAAGCAGCACCAACAAGUGACAAAGGAUCCAGCAGUUCAGACCAGGGGAGCAACCAGAAGGUUUAGCAGCCCCCUUGCAGGGGAGACGCCCAGCAUGAGGAGAGAGGAGAGAAGAUGGGAUCGGCCUCCUUCUGAAUUAGGCCGGACUCUCAGGAGGAGCCCUUCAGGACCUUCCUGCAUGCUGGAACCAGGAGGGAUUUUUGGGUCUUUCAUCACUGCUUUUAUCACUGAAUCAGUAAACUGUUUCUAUUAUGAUUGAGGAGCAGAGGAGAAAAGAAUAUAUUGAUUGUUACUAAUUGUGGGAUCCAAAGAUUUCAAAUUGGGUUUCAUAGAUAAUAGUUUAUCAUAGAUAAAUCGGUUGCAUAACCCCCUUAAUGGGCUUUUGCUGAUUAGUCUUAGUGGAUAGAGGUUAGAGGCUAAAGAUGAGGUUUUAGAGACGUGUUUAUAGAGAAUGGGGUGAGGAAUCAGAUGAAGAAUUUAUUGGUUUUACUUUAAGAAAGAUUGAUAAGUUGUUAAUUUUCAUUAUAUUUGUUGGGGAUGAAGGUGGAGGUUAGUUUUGUUUUUUCUUGUGUUUGUUUUAUCUGCUUAAUGUGAUCUUCGAUGAAACAAUUACUAAGAAAAGUAUGCGUUUUGAGAUUUUUGCGGCUAAAUUAGUUGAUGUAUUUUUAAUUGAUUGUUGUACAGUUAUUUGACCAUAUAUUUCAUAACACAAAGUUUGACAAUCCAUAUACUGAGGGUAACAUUUGACAGUGAUUUUUUUUAUAGAUUGGCAUUUAUGCCUUUUCAUGAUUUAGAAAAACGGAUGAUGGAAUCAAUUGUCAGGCUCCUCUCUCCUUCACAAUUGCACAACUUUUGUAAGUUUGCCAAAAUUUGUUUGAUGGAAAUAAAGGCUUUCUUUUCCUCUUA